AGAAUUAAUUCCGUGUCUGCCAUUCAAUCGCGCACGUACCGAUCUUUCGGGUAUCGUUCCUGCGAAGAGGACGUAGCUCUCGCUAGUACUGCUGCCGUGACAAGCAGUGUUCGUGACAGGGGGUGACACAUACCAAGUAUUAUUGAUAUCGAGGCUAUGCAGGGUCAAGGGCCACUGAGCAACUGGGCAAGUUCCUACCGCUUCAAUUUAAUCCGAGAGCUUCAAGUCCCAUAUCGGACGCUUUGUGGUUCAGGCCCACUGAUUUUGUUCCUGUCGAGGAAGUCGACGGACUCCGAAAAGCGAGUUGGCCAGUAUAAGAUUCAACCUUCGCUAGGAUCCUGCCUACCUCCCACUGUCCCUACCUCCCUCUUGAGACUUUUUUCAAGAUGACACUCUUCUCCGUGGUUCGUAUUAGCAUUUUCUCACUCUCCAUCAUUUUCUCCCUCAUUGAAAUAGGCCUGAACGCCUACUUCAUCUCGUUGACGGAGCCGCUUUAUUUCAUUUUCAGUGCUUUAGGCGUCGCAACCUGCGCUUCACUUUCAUUGGUCUCAGUUGUCCACAGGUUGAUUGUUGAUUUCAUUGCGACGUGGGGCUUUCACCUCCAUGAUUUCAUCCUUUGGGUUCUGUGGGUCGCCACUGCUGGCGAAGCUACCUAUGCCUUUAACUAUUACUUCCCUCGGGGUUGUAUUUAUGCAACCUACGAUCCCACCUACAAUACGUAUUGCAUGGAGGUGCAGGCAGUGCAGGCCUUCGCAUUCCUCAACUUCAUCAUGUUGCUUUUCUACACUUGCACACUGCUGGUGUUGUCCAUCAUUGCAGCCAAUAACGGCAGGUCUGUCUGGACGUCCUCUGUCAAGGCGUCCGCGUUCUUUGCGAGUUCUGGGCCCGUUCAACAGGUUCCUUUGACCCAGUACUCGGGCGUUCCGAUUCCUACCGCAGGGUACACUGGAACCCCUGUUCAACAGCCAGGCAAUUAUACUAGUUAUAGUGGCACGCCUGCCCAAUCACUCUACAAGCAGCCUCAGCAGUUCCAGCCAGUGCAUGAUGACCAGAAACAAGGCAUUCCUGUUUAACAUGCAUCACGACUGUUCGUAAUGUGGAUGAUCUGCCCAGAGGUGCUGAAUCCCAUUUAUGUCUUCCCUAUCUAUCGACAGCAUUGAUGGAUGUCAUUCUUACGGAUCUAUAUAUCUAUCCGAGACUAAUACGCAUUAAAUUAUGAUACCCCCAAGAACAUUUUGCAAUCCUGGGUGAUGUGAUAUUGCCAAGUUGUCGAUGGGAAUCGCGGGCGAUCCCCAUAAUAUCAUACAAUUGCUUUGUGGCUGUCCUAGUGAGCACAAUAGCCAAACAGUACUAGUAGCUACAGUAUUCCCGCUACCUGGUAGGUUAUGUCUUUAUGUGGUGAUUUGCACGAGAUCCCUCUUCGGAGAGUUGCUUAAUCGUACUCCGGAAUUCGGAU